AUGAACAAGAACCGUUUGAACACUUUGAAUUUCAGAUUCAUUAUCCUAAUAUUUCGUUCAAACCUUACGUUUAUCACUUAUAAACAUUUCUUACAAAUAUCUCAAUAUUCACUAAUGUCUAGAUAUUCAACCAAUACAUGGGAAUCAAUGAACAAUUCGUCUCCUUGUAUUCACUUAUUCAUUCACUUUCAUAGUACCUUAAAGUCUAUUAAGAUUACAGUGUUGACUGAUAAAGAGGCUUCUGAAAAUGCUUUAGCGGCUAAUAAUUAUGAUUAA